GAAGUAACGGUGACGAGGAACAAAUCUACAACCUAAGAAGAUUCUGAAUCUGCGGGUUUGUGUGUGUCAGACUGUCAGUAUGUGUGAUGGCGUGAAUGGCCUUUGGUCUAAUUCUCGCCUCCCUCAGACAUCCGUCUUCCUUCUCGCCCUCAUCUAACUCUCACCACCACCAUUUUUGUACCAUGAGAGGACCCGCCCAGUACUCCGUGAGUAGUACGCCCGCGGCGUGUCUUCGCCGCUGUGCCGCGUGAGGGGCCCCCCGCCGGCCUUUCGCGGAAUGGCUUCUUUGGACCUGCCCUACCGCUGUCCUCGUUGCGGGGAGCACAAACGCUUCCGGUCGCUGUCCUCCCUCCGCGCCCACCUGGAGUACAGCCAUACCUACGAGACGCUCUACGUGCUCUCCAAGUCCAACAGCGUGUGUGACGCCGCUGCACUACUCCCCCUGGUGGCUGACGGAGACCUUCUCCUCGCUCCUUCUGCCCCCGGCGGCAACCGCAGCAACAACAACGACCCCUUCGACGGACUUCAACUCCGGUCUUCCGCCUUCAGGGACUUUAAGGAGCGUCGCUUCCCGUGCCGCGAGCUUCCCUGUCCCGACGACCUCGGCGGUUUGUCCACAACGUCCAACGCCGCGGCUCUCUACAUCCCCAAUGUAGAGUUCCCCCUGGGGGAGAUCUUUGUGAAGAAAGCCAUGAGUGCAGCCGGUGACCAUCACGGUUCCCACAGCAACCAAAGCACGGCCGUGGCGGUGGCGGCGAAUGUGGCGGCGAGCGCAGUGGAGGCGGCCUAUGAGGAGGGUCUGGCCAGGCUGAAGGCAAGGGCCUUUGAGCGUCUGGAGCUGGACGAGAGGCUGGAGAAACUCUCAGAGGAGGUGGAGCAGAAGAUAGCUGCACGCGUGGGCCGGCUGCAGACAGAGCUGGAGAGGAAGAGUGGCGAGCUGGAGCGGGCCAAGCAUGAGAGCGAGCGGCUGGGCCAGGAGAAACAGGACCUGGAGGACAAGGCGUCGGAGCUCUCCCGUCAGGUGGAUGUUUCGGUGGAGAUGCUGGCCAACCUCAAGCAGGACCUGGUCAGCAAGGAGGAGGAGCUCACCCACAAACAACAGGAGGUAACCCAGAUAGACCAGUUCCUCCAGGAGACGGCGGCGCGGGAGGCCAACGCCAAGGUGCGCCUGCAGCAGUUCAUCGAGGAGCUCCUGGACCGUGCCGACCGUGCCGAGAAACAGCUGCAGAUCAUCAGCAGCUGCGGGACCACGCCCAACGGCAGCAUGGGACGCUGCAGCCUGCCCGGCACCAACAAGGGCUCCAACAAUGGACGCCAGAGGAACUCCAGUAUCUCUGGGACGUCUAGGGGCAUGUACCAGGUCUCUGACCGACGAUCCUCUCCCAGCACCGGAGCGUCGGGCCGGGUCAAGUCCUGCUCCCAGGGCUCGGGCGGGGGCUACGACAGCGGCGACAGCGUGGAGAUGCACCCCAUGGAAGAGUGCCCCGAGGGCCAGUACUACCACGUCCAGUGUCGGCUGGGGGAAGGGGGCGGACAGGGAGGGGGCGGACAGUGCUACGAGAGGGCCGGGGUGUCCCGGAGCUGGGGGCUCCGCAAGCAGGCCAUCCAGAACUGGCAGCGGCGACCCUACCGGAACAGCACGGAGGGGGAGGAGGGUGACGUGUCGGACGUGGGCUCCAGGACUACCGAGUCGGAGGCGGAGAUGUGGGAGCAGCAGGAGAGGAGGGCCACCAUGGCUGAGACGCAGCAGUCUGGAGCACCGAGACAAUCUGGGUACCGCCAAGGCACAGGCCGUUCCGAGGGGGGCUACCGCCACAACAAGCCGUGUCGCCACGACAAGAGCCCGUCCCGGUCCAACAGCGAGGUGAUCAGCCCGGAGAUACUGAAAAUGAGGGCGGCUCUGUUCUGUAUCUUUACCUACCUGGACACCAAGACCCUGUUGAGGGCCGCGGAGGUCUGCAGGGACUGGAGGUUUGUGGCCCGCCACCCUGCCGUGUGGACCCGGGUGCUGCUGGAGAACGCCCGCAUCUCCUCCAAGUUCCUGAGUACACUGUCCCAGUGGUGCACCCAGACCCAUUCCCUCAUCCUCCAGAACCUCAAACCACGACAGAGGGGCAAGAAGGAGAUCAAGGAGGAGUAUCUCAAGAGCACACGUGGUUGUCUGGAGGAGGGCCUGGAGUCCUUGCUGAAGGCUACAGGAGGGAACCUGUUGAUCCUCAAGGUGUCUCAUUGUCCCAACCUGCUAACUGACCGCUCCCUGUGGCUCGCCAGCUGCUACUGCCGAGCCCUGCAGGCCGUCACAUACAGGAGUGCCACAGACCCUGUAGGACAGGAGGUGAUCUGGGCUCUAGGAGCCGGCUGUAGAGACAUCAUCUCUCUCCAGGUGGCACCGCUACAUCCAUGCCAACAACCGGCUCGCUUCAGCAACCGAUGCCUGCAGACCAUUGGCCGAUGCUGGCCACACCUCAGAGCCCUGGGCGUGGGCGGGGCAGGGUGUGGCGUUCAGGGACUAGCCUCAUUGGCGAGGAACUGCAUGCGUCUGCAGGUGUUGGAGCUGGACCAUGUGAGUGAGGUCAACCAGGAAGUGGCAGCUGAGGUGUGCAGGGAGGGUCUGAAGGGCCUGGAGAUGCUGGUCCUCACCUCCACCCCGGUCACCCCUAAGGCCCUGCUACACUUCAACAGUGUGUGUCGUAACCUGAAGUCCAUCGUGGUGCAGAUCGGGGUAGAGGACUACUUCGAGGACCCCAACAGCCCUGAGGCUAGGAAGCUGUUUGACGAGAGGGUAAACAAGCUGCAGGGCUUGAAGAAGAGACCGGGCUUCUCCAAAAUUCUGCACGUGAAGGCGGACAUCCUCUGCUAACCCCAUCCACCACCCAGAACCCCCAAAGAAGAAGGGUCGGCCAUUUUGUUUCCAGACACACCAACACAACCGACCUAGUCAUUUGUAACCCCUUGACGCGACGCGAGGACGAAACAGCCUGAAGUACCAGUCAGCCAACACACACAUGUAACUGAAGAGGAAAUUCAGCAACAUGAUUCUUUAUUGUUAAAAAUAAAACCAAUGUGUUUUUAGCUCAGACACCUCAGACAGAUAGACGCUCCAUAGACCACUACAAUGCCAAUUGGAGAGAUGCAAUGCAGUACAGAACAGAGGAUAGACAAGACAAGAGGCCUGGAUAAGUCAGGUCAACACCUUACCCUGGAGCAUACAAACCCAGUGGAAGGGACCAAACCCUCCUUUACCAUAGAUGUACUAGAGAGCUCAUCUCCUAUCUUUUCAAUGGCUGCUUUUUUGACCAAAUGGACAGCACCAUUGAGAGCUAUCUCUAUUUUUAAAGUAGUACAUUUUGUGUGUCCUCUAUCCAACUCUAUGGUGGGGUAAAGUGUAGUAAACACAUCAUCAGGCUGGUAACAAGACCAGGGGCCCCUAAGUCUCCGCGAAAACUAACAGGGACCAUGUUUGUGACUUGCUGACCUUCCAAACAGAUUUGAAACAUAAACUCUAUUGGACUUCGUAGAUGCCGUAAUCUCGGCGGGCAUUUUGAUUUCAACUGAGAAAAGAGCUGUAAGCUGGGGGAUGGAUGUCAGGAAGGAGCAGGCUCUUGUUCUCUAUUCACCGAGAGUAUUUGCAGAGAAUGUGUCUGGGAUGCUUUUUAAAAAAAUCAAGAUGCUCAACAGCACAUAUUCUGUGGAAAUGCACAUGAGCAGUAAAGCAGAUGUAGGGAUGGACGGUGUGUGAUUUUUGACCCUGUCCUGAGCCAGAGGAGUAAGUUAAAAUACACACACACGUUGGGAGUUGAGGGUCUGUGUGUGUGUGUGU